GAGUCAAGAGCAGAGAAGGAAGAAAAGUCUUAUUUUUUUUGUUAAGGAGAUGGUUUCUUCUCUAACUGGAAUUAUUCUAUCACUCUAGUUAGAGAAUCCAAAUUUCCAAACCAUAUGAUUUUUAUUCCUUUUUACUUUAUUUGAUUUUCUUCCAUUUAUAUAUUUAUUUAUUCAUUUUCAUUCUAUACUCAUUAUUUUCUGCAUUUUAUUUUUCAUUUUUCACACUCAACCGAGAACUACAAACCCUAAUUAUCAAUCAAUGGUUAUCACUACUAAAUCUUCCUCUAAUAACCACCCUCCGAUAAUCGCGCCGUCAUCGUCGGCGCCGCCGGAGGAUGAGGUUGUUAUCCCUAAUUUCACGCCGAAAACCCUUCCUUCGCCGUGGGCUCAGGUUGUUCGCGGCGGCGAGGUGGAAUCGCCUACCGGCAUUCAUCAAUCUCUGCCUUCGUCAUCGUCGUCUUCCUCGUCCUCUUUGACUACUGGUGCUUCCGAUCAAGCGCCGUCUUCUGAUCAUUCGUCAAAGGAGAUAUCUACUCCGCAGCAGUCAAAGGAAGUUUCUGCUCCGCAGCCGCCGGUGGUCGAGAACUCCGUUAAGACAGUAGAUACCUCCGAUGGUAGUGAUGGCAAUGCAGGUCGUUCUAAGAAGCCUGCAUGGAACAAGCCCUCUAACGGAGUCGUCAUCGAGACUGGUCCUGUCAUGGGUGCUGAAUCCUGGCCUGCCCUUUCUGAAUCCGCCAAAAUUUCUGCUAAAUCGAUAGCUGAAUCGGCCUCCAAAGUUGCUUCUGCUGAAGGAUCAACUUCCACUUCUCAGGCGCCUGUAAUUUCACACCCUCCUCAGAGACAUGGUACUAGUAACCCUAGACCUGGUUCAGCUACAAACAGUAAUAUGCCCAAUAGGCUAAGACCUAUUAGGCCAGUGGGUGGCAUCAACAUUGGGCACGGUCCUUCUCAUACUCAGAGUAGCUUAUCCAACCCUCCUACUCCUCCACCAUUGCCUCCCUUUCCUGUAUAUCAGCUCCCUCCAGUUAACUUUCGGAAUAUGGGGCCAAGUAUCCCUGACUCUUCUCCAAGAGAUCAUCACCGAAACAAUACCUGGGAUGCAAGACCAUUGGUAGGGGGUUCCCCUCGCAGGGGUAGUUUUGGGACUCGUACACGGGGAGAUGGUUCCUAUCAUCAUAAUAAUUAUAGUAACAGACGUGAUCAAGAUCGGGGAAAUUAUGUGAAUACUAGAGAUGCUCAUGUAUCCCAACCAAGGAUGCCUCCGAGAGGAAUAUUGAGGCACCCACCACCACCACCUAGUACUGCUGCAUUUCUGGGUCCUCAGCCCAUUGCACCCUUUCCAAACCCUGUUGCUUAUCCUGAUGUGUAUUACUUUCCAGCAGUCCCGUUGGAUCCCUUUAGGGGCAUGCCAUUCUUUCCCCCCAGCCCUUCUCCUGCAACAGUCUACCCUGCUGCAGAAUCUUCUUUCUCCAAUGUGAUAGUCAACCAGAUUGAUUAUUACUUUAGUGAUACUAAUUUGGUGAAAGAUGAGUUUUUAAAGCAAAAUAUGGAUGAAGAGGGUUGGGUUUCAAUAACCGUGAUAGCAAACUUCCCUCGGGUUAAAAGUUUGACAAGCAACGUUCAGUUGCUUCUGGAUUCAAUGAAAAACUCAACUGUUGUGGACGUCAAGGGUGACAAAUUGAGAAGACGUUAUGACUGGAUGAAAUGGUUGUCCUCUUCUCAGGUUCAAGUUGAUUCUGGUUCAGUUUCACCUAGUGAAUCGAGCUACAAUAACCUCGCUGCUGAUUUGCAAACAAUCAAUCUGGAAACAACUAAAGCUGAAGGUGAGUCUCAACACUCUAAUGGUGGCGAUGAUGCUGGGAACACCAAUUAAAACUGUACUUGCACUUAAUGCUCAUCUGAAUUCUCAACUUUGUUUACUGUCUAAAUUUUAUAGCCCGUGGUCCAUUAUUUUGGAAUUUUUUCUUUUUUAUCCUCUUUCUUUUGAGGGGGAAGGGAGUAGAGGUGGUAUGAAAGUUGAUUCUCUCUACGGUCACUUGGCUCGAUUUUGACAGUAAUUUUAAAUUAAGUCGUGACGAAUAAGAAUAAUUCACAAUUACUACGACAGUCUAAAGAUAAAAGAGUUUAAUGAGACUUAAACUUUGGAAUUUUGCCUGAGGCGGAUCUAAUGAGAUCAUUGAUUUGUAUAGGUUAUAUUUAUCAUGGAUUUUUUUUCCUAUUUUUGAUGGUUUGUGGUAGAACGGGUUGGAUAAGUCUGUUUUUGGUGGAUGAUAUGAAUUUUAGACUCUGUAAUGGGAAUUUUGCUCUUUAAAUGAAUGAGUGUUGUUGUAUGUCUA